UCCGAGUUAAAACAACUGGGGUUUGCUGUAUCGCCAAGCGGGCUACGAGGUAGCCGGGCAGGCAGCCGCGCUGAGGCGGACUGAGCAGCGCAGAGCCGAUACUCCGAGAGGGUGAAUGUAACGCUCUCCCACCCUGUCGCGAAACCGGACACACCGCUGUUUUUAUUUUUGUUUAAUAAACUUGUGAGGGUGAAGUUUUGAUGUACUGGGAGAGGCUGUGUCGCUUGUCGAUAGCCGCCGUGCCUGGAGCGCCGUCCUCGCGGACACACGUUAGCCGGGAGGCUAGCUAGUCAGGUGGCUAAUCCAUGUCUUUGCGGGCUAAUGCUAGCGAGUUGCUCCGCGAAACGCUGACCGCGCUCCGGGAGGUUUCUCCCGAUCUGUGGCUCUCUCUUCUUUUUUAAAAUUAAGAAAAAAAAUUGGACGACACUCUUGUUUAACACGAGUCGGAUGAAAUUUGAAUUUCGAGGACGUCUGUUUGGGUUUAGAUGAAGGACGGAGGGACUAGAAGCUGAAGCCGACUGAAGUGCUGAGACGGAAAAGUGGGGGGGGGGAGCUGGGCGUUUUUUUUCCUUUGGUCUUUUCCCUCCCCUGAAGACAUCAUCUGGAGACGGACAAAUUCCCGAUGGCAAACGAGCCGAUCAUACUGAACGUUUAUGACAUGUACUGGAUCAACGAGUUCACCUCCUCUCUGGGAAUUGGGGUCUUUCACUCAGGGAUAGAGAUCUACGGGAGAGAGUUCGCCUAUGGAGGACACCCCUACCCCUUCUCAGGGAUAUUUGAGAUCACGCCUGGAGAUGCCACCGAACUGGGGGAGACCUUCAAAUUCAAGGAGGCCAUUGUCCUGGGCAGCACGGACUUCACGGAGGAGGACGUAGAGCGCAUCGUGGAGGAGCUGGGCAAGGAGUACAAGGGAAAUGCCUACCACCUCAUGCACAAGAACUGCAACCACUUUUCCUCGGCCCUGUCAGAGAUCCUGUGUGGCCGGGAGAUCCCACGCUGGGUGAAUCGACUGGCCUACUUCAGCUCAUGCGUGCCCUUCCUACAGAGCUGCCUGCCCAAGGAGUGGCUCACGCCCGCCGCCUUGCAGUCCAGCGUCAGCCAGGAGCUCCAGGGCGAGCUGGAGGAGGCAGAAGAUGCCACGGCGGCCCUGCCUUCCUGCUCUGCCUCCCCACUGCCCAGGCCUAGUCGGCAGCAGCCCCGUCGAUAGGUCCCGCCCCUGCACAGCGACUGGUCUGCCUCGCCUGCCAAUUAACCCGGCCCCGGACUGCUGACUGGCCCAGCGUCGGCUGCAUUGACGAGCCCUGCCCUCUGUUGCAGCUGAACGUACAGUCAGCUCAGAGACCCAGGCCUCAAGGUUGCGGGCUCAGGGAAACUGUUACUUUUAUGUUACUUUUUAGCACUGUAAGCUGGAGCCGAUGUUUUUUUUUUCUUUCUUUUUUUUAAUUUAAAUUAAUGUCCAUUUGUUGUUUUUAUUGUUCUCUGGCCUUUUCGUUUAUAUACUCAGGAUUCUGAAAAGUCUUUUACAAUGUUUUGUUUUCUUACUAUUUCAUUCUGUUUUUAUGCUUUCGUUUUGUUUUUCUAACGCAGCAGUAGUCACUCUAGCUUUUUCAGAAUGCGCGUGGUGCAUUUUAAACUUUUUAAACGAAACAAGUGUGUUUGCGCAAAAACAAGACAGCCAGGGCCAAACACUACCUGGAGUGUUCGUGUGACACACUGCUGACAUCCCCACUUUGGUGGCUGUGCCUGAAGAUCCGUACUGCUGUCCCCCCUCCCCUCCUCCCCAAAGCUGCAGCACCACCCCCCCUCGCCUGCUUCCAACAGCAGGCUCCAGGUGUUGGGCACGUUUAGGGUUUUAGUCUUCUGUGUAGCAGAAACCUUUGUAUCCGGUCUUGAACUGAUUAAACAGAACUCUACACCGUGUGGUGGCAUUGCA